AUCUGAUGUUAUGAUCUUGUUUCUUGUUACAUCCACGCGUGACACACAUGCUUCUCGCCUCGCUCCUCGCUUAUUCGACGUGACUGUGUUGUUUUUGUUGCUGUCGUGAAACUUGAGCGAGAAACAUGGGCAAGUUGAACGUGACCAUGCUGCGCUACCUCACAAAAGAGGACUUCCGAAUUCUAACAGGGGUGGAGAUGGGAAUGAAAAACCACGAGUUGGUCCCAGCUGCCCUUGUUGCGAGCAUUGCAAAUUUGAGACAUGGAGGUGCUCACAAGGUGAUGAAGGAGCUUUGCAAACACAAGUUGCUGAGCUACGAACGAGGCACACAUUAUGAUGGUUAUCGGCUAACCAACCAAGGAUAUGAUUACCUAGCCCUAAAAACUUUGAGCAUGAGAAAUGUGAUCACGUCUUUUGGAAAUCAAAUUGGAACAGGAAAAGAGUCCAUUAUUUAUGUCGUUGGAAAUGAGGAGCAAGAAACUUUGUGCUUGAAAAUCCACAGGCUGGGAAGGAUUUGUUUCCGCAAUUUGAAAGAAAAGAGGGACUAUCACCAACACAGAAAAGCUGCCUCAUGGAUCUAUCUGUCCAGAAUUUCUGCCACUAAAGAGUUUGCAUACAUGAAGGCGCUGUAUGAUCGAGGCUUUCCGGUCCCCAAACCCUUUGAUUUCAGUCGGCAUUGUGUAAUCAUGGAGCUGAUUGAUGGAACUCCAUUGUGCCAGGUGAGUGAAGUAGAGAACGUGGAAGAACUGUUCGACGAGCUGAUGAAUUUGAUCGUGAAGCUGGCCAACCAUGGCGUCAUUCACGGUGACUUCAAUGAGUUCAACAUCAUGCUCACCAGCGAGGGAAAGCCGAUCAUCAUCGACUUUCCUCAGAUGGUUUCAACCUCGCACACUAACGCCAAGAUGUUCUUUGACCGCGACGUGAACUGCAUCAGGAGCUUUUUCAAGAAGCGCUUUGCCUACGAGAGCAGUCUUCACCCGACCUUUGACGACAUCGACCGCGAGGACAGCCUGGACGUUGAAGUGUUCGCUAGUGGCUUCACCAAGCAGAUGAAAAAAGAUCUUGAAGUAGAGAUGGGUAUUGAAGAGGAGGAUGAGGAAGGAGAAGAAACUGACCAAGCAGAAGAGGAGGAGACUCCAAAGUUGCCUGAUGAUAUCGAACCUUCAGAAGAGAAAGCUGGAAAAGAACUUCCGGAUUGUUUUGAUGAUAUUCCUGCUCUUCAUAAGGAAUUGGAUGAAGUUAUUGAGGCUGUUGACGCACACACCGAAGAUCCUGCGGAUACUCAGGAUUAUCCAUAUUUUCCAGAUGAGCUGUCGAUUCCAAGGCGGAAAGGUCCAUCCAGCGAUAUGUGCAGUGUAACAACAACGUCGACAAUCGCCCCUGAGGUCAUCAGGUCGAGAGUGAAGAAAAUGGUCGCGAGACAAAGCAAUGAGGCGGCCAAGAAGAGAAUAAAGGCCAAGGGCGAAGCCAGUGCCACCACCAGAAGUAGGCGGGAUAAUGCAGCUACAAUCAAGGAAAGUUCUGGUAUUUGGGGCUGGGAAUAGCCGAAUAAAUUUAUUUCUUUUAACAAUAA